GCUGCUGCACAGAAAAGGAAAACAAACCGCUGCAGUGCAGACGCGUCAGCGAGCGAGGCGUUUAUCACUAUGUUGUAAUAUCCGUCAUAUGACGAUCCGGAUUGCGAUUACAGGCGGGCAGAGCGAUGUGAUCGUGUGAUGCUCGGUGUCCCACUCUCAUGAUCGCGACAGAAGGGCAGGAUUGAGGGGAAUCAGCGUCAGGAUGCCCGGGAUGGUGGUGUUCGGGCGCCGGUGGCGGAUCGCCAGCGAUGAUCUCGUGUUUCCUGCCGCCUUCGAGUUACUGAUCAGAGCUGUGUGGUGGGUCGGGACCUUAUUUCUGUACAUUAACCAUAAGGGACGAUUCGACUGUCAAGGUGGAGCGUAUUUGCAUAAUUACCUUGUAGUUCUUCUCGUGCUGCUGGCUGUCAUCAUCCUCACGUUAUGCGCCAUCGUGUACGUCAGCGCUCAAGGAACCAUCAUGAAUCCAGGUCCUCGGCGCUCGAUGCCGGUCCUGGUGUAUGCGCGGGCCGUCCUGUACGCCCCCGAGCUGGUGUGGGCGUGUCUGGGGGCCGUCUGGGUGUCCGACAACAGCACGGGAUGCAAGCCGGCAGAGGUCGGGGCUGUGAUUGGGGCGGUGGUUUCCAGCUGGAUCAUCCUUCUGUCGAUGGUGGUGGGCGUGGUGAUCGUGUUUGACCCUCUGGGCAGCCAGCGGCCGAGCGCUCUGCUGGACGGUCAGGUGGGCGUGAGGGAUCUGGAGAGCAGCGAGUCGUCUCAGCUCUUCUACACCGCGCACACGGUGGCCUCGCGGGUGUGGGAGAACCGGCUGCGUCUCCUCUGCUGCUGCCUGCCGCAGGACGACAACCACCGCGCCGCCUUCUCCAGCAUCGCUCAGCUCGUCAGCGGCUUCUUCCUGGACACGGAUCUGGUUCCCAGUGAUAUCGCCGCCGGUCUGGCUCUUCUGCAUCAGGAACAGGAUAAAAUGGAGCGCAGCAGAGACCCUGACGAGGUCCUGACCCACAGCCCGUCCUCCCCGAUAAGGGAAGAUCUGGAGAUGGAGCUGGAGAAAGCCGCUCACUACAUGCGGUUUGCAGCAGCUGCGUACGGAUGGCCGCUGUACGUCUACUCCAACCCGCUCACGGGCGUCUGCAAACUCAGCGGAGACUGCUGCCGGAGCCGUCACGAGGAGUACGACCUGGUGGGAGGAGAUCACCUCGGCUGCCACUUCACCUCCAUCUUACAGAGCACCGGCCUGCAGUACCGGGACUUCAUCCACAUCAGCUUCCAUAACCAGAUCUACGAGAUCCCGUUUUUCGUGGCGUUGGAUCAUAAGCGGGAGGCGGUGCUCGUCGCUGUGAGGGGAACGCUGUCGCUCAAGGACGUGUUGACGGACCUCUCGGCUGAAUGUGAGAAUCUGUCGGUGGAAGGCGUGUCAGGAACCUGUUACGCUCACAAGGGCAUUUCUCAAGCAGCGAAUUACAUCUACAAGAAACUGGUGAAUGAUGGGAUUUUGAGCCAGGCGUUCAACAUCGCACCUGAGUAUAAGCUGGUCAUCACAGGUCACAGUCUGGGAGCGGGAACAGCGUCUCUGCUGGCCGUGCUUCUGCGCAGCACACACCCCACACUGGAGUGCUUCGCCUUCUCUCCACCAGGGGGCCUGAUGAGUAAAGCGCUGGCCGAUUACUCUAAGCAGUUCAUCAUCUCGGUGGUGCUGGGAAAAGACCUCGUACCCAGAUUGAGCAUUCCAAACAUGGAAGACUUAAAAAGAAGAUUAUUAAAAAUGGUGUCAAAUUGCAAUAAACCCAAGUACAAGAUAUUGAUGCGCGGCUGCUGGUACGAGGUGUUUGGAGGAACUCCUGAUGAUUUCCCUACGGAGAUGGAGGACCGGCGGGAGGAGGAGCUGAACCAGCCGUUGCUCGGCGAGGAGAGUCUGUUGGUGCGGCGCUCAACCACCUAUCAGAGCCUGUCGUCUGACGACUCGCCCGCCCACCCCACUCACUUACCCCUGUUCCUGCCCGGCCGGGUCAUGUACAUCACUGAGGACGGACCCACACGCAGACACUGCUUCUCUCAGGUGCGAUACCGCGCCGAGUGGUCCAGCGAGACGGCGUUCCGUAAUGUUCUGAUCAGCCCGAGGAUGAUCGCGGAUCACAUGCCUGACGUGGUUCUGCGGGCCCUGCGCAGCCUCACCCGCGAGCACCCGUCCACGCUCUGCCCGUCCUCCAUGAGCAACAGCCACCUGAACGUCAUCUGAUCCUCAAGAGACUCGCUGAACUCACUGUCCUCUCUGACAGAUCUCCUCUAGAGACAUCCAACAUGCGUAUUUAUUUCUGCCGUUAUGAUCCGUCGGUGUGUCUGCUUCAUGAACUGCUGUAUAUUCCCUCCAUGGAGAAAGUCAGCGCAGGACAUGAUGCGCAGUGCCGCGCUGUUCAGCUGUGAGAAUUCAUUUUAGUGAUUGCUGAAGAUGAGCAAGUAAAAGAAUCAGUAUAACGAGUGUCAUGGUGGCGUGAUGUUUUGUGAUGUAUCUUUGUCACGUGAGAAUCAGGUGAUCAGUAGUUAAAGCUGACACACAGGGUGUUUCGCACUGAUCACAGAUCAGUGAAACGCAUCCGCCGUAUGAGGCUUUGACGCAUGGCACCAAACGCAUGAAAACAUUUACUCCGCUUCAGAUGUGUGUGUGUUCAUUUACUCCACAGCAGCCUUCCCUGGGGUCUCUGGGUAUCAUGCAUUUUCAAUAAUAAAAAAUGUUGAGGAAAAA